AUAAACUGAUGGACAGCCUACUUUACAUUGACGACUACUUGGAUGUGAUUGAAGCACUUCAGCUUGAUCUUCAAAAGAACUUUACCUUACUGAAAGAAAUGGAUGGCUAUGCUCAAGAAUCCGUUGUAUCUACAGCUCAAAUGGCUAUUGAUUUGAUUGAUAAUAUUGACAGAUUUGAAGCUGAUGUGAGAUUUGAAAAACUACAACAAUUGAUAGAUCUUUUGACGGAGACAUCAAAACGUACAAGUGAAAAGGCGACACUGGCCAAGGUCACAGUUGAAGCAGUAGAGAAACACUGUAACCGACUGGAUGCUGAUUUAGUUAAAUUUGAAGAAACCAAUACGAGUGGAAAUAUUCAUAUAGUGUCACUUCCUGGACUGACGCCUUCAUCAAGAAGUUUAGUUGCUAAACUAUCUGCCUCAAAGGACCCAUUGAAUCAGGAUGUGUUGGAGAAGAGAGAACUAGCGGCUAAAAAGAGAAGAAAGGAGGAUGUUCGUCUAAAGGCAAGCAGCAGCAGCAGUAACAACAACAACAACAAUAGUAAUAAUAGUAAAUCAAAAACAUGGCCAAGAAGAAAAAAUGCCAAAUUAAAAUCAUCGGAUAUGGACAUGUCUGUUGAUCCAAAUGAACCUCUUUAUUGUUACUGUCAACAAGUAUCUUAUGGUGAAAUGGUUGCUUGUGAUAAUGCUGAUUGUGAAAUCGAAUGGUUCCAUAUUGCCUGUGUCGACUUGAAGACAGUACCCAAAGGCAAAUGGUAUUGUGAUAACUGUACGCGAUAUAAAGCAAAGCAACGACGAUAAAAAUUAAAAAUAAAAAGCUCUUUAUGCAAACUAUGUGACACAG